AACAAAUCAAAACAAAUUGUGAAAUAUUUGUUGAGUUUUUUGUCAAUAAAAUUGAUUUAAUGUUAAGAAAUGUAUAGAAAGUGAGAAAACAAUGGGUUUAUUGAAAAUUAUCACAAAAAUCAAACAAAAGGAGAAAGAAAUACGAGUUUUGGUUUUGUAUGCAUUGAUUGUCCAUUCAUUUGAUCCAUUCAUACAAUAACUGUAUUAACUGUUUGACUGUUUGUGUGGUUCAGAGGUCUCGACAAUUCGGGCAAAACCACACUUUUGAAGCGUCUCAAUGGCGAAGACGUGCACACAAUAUCACCCACUCUUGGAUUCACUAUCUCUACGUUUGAACACAACAACCUAAAGCUGAACGUGUGGGACGUCGGCGGACAGAAGAGUUUGCGCGCCUUUUGGCGCAAUUACUUCGAGAGCACCGAUGGCCUCAUCUUUGUUGUCGACAGUUCCGACACGUUUCGCAUCAAUGACUCCAAACACGAACUCCAGAACCUCUUGAAAGAGGAGCGCCUUUUGGGCGCAACUCUACUCGUGUUGGCCAACAAACAGGAUCUGUCCGGUGCUGUCAGUUGCGAGACAAUCAGGCAUUUGUUGCAAUUGGACUCAAUUACUACCCAUCACUGGAUGAUUGUUGGCUGCAGUGCUUAUUCCGGACUCAAUCUCUUGUCUUCAAUCGAUUGGCUCUUAGAAGACGUCUCCUCAAGAAUUUUCAUCAAUGAUUGACAAAUUAUUUU